AUGGCCUCGGACGCUUGGUCUGGGAAGGGAAAGAUGGAGGCUGAGGGCCCCAUCAUGCAGGUCCAGCCCGAAUACGUGGUCAACAACUACGAUGUCGACUACGAGAAGCAUGGCGCGGGCCGCGAGUCCAACCCGCUACCGGAUCUGAAGCGCAAGCUGAAGAGCAGGCACUUGCAGAUGAUCGCCAUUGGUGGUACCAUCGGCACCGGUCUAUUCAUUGGUAGCGGCACCGCCCUCGCCCAUGCAGGGCCCGUCGGUGCGCUCAUCGCCUAUAUCUUCGUCGGCACCAUCGUCUACUCGGUCAUGACGGCGCUGGGCGAGAUCGCAACCUACAUCCCGAUCCCCGGAUCGUUCACCUCGUAUGCGGCCCGUCUGAUCGACCCCAGCCUGGGAUUCUCAAUGGGCUGGAUCUAUUGGUUCUCAUGGGCGUCGACCUUUGCGCUCGAGCUCACGGCCUCCGGUCUGAUCAUCCAGUUCUGGGACGCGAGUAUCUCGAUUGCGAUCUUCAUUGGCAUUUUCUGGGUGAUGAUCAUCGCCUUUAACAUGAUGCCUGUCGGCUUCUAUGGUGAAAUGGAGUUCUGGUUCUCUAGUAUCAAGGUUCUCGCCGUCAUCGGCUUCAUGAUCUUCGCCAUCUGCAUGAACGCCGGCGUGGGCCAGGAAGGGUACAUCGGCUUCCGGUACUGGAAGCACCCGGGCCCCUUCGUGCCUUAUCUGGUUAAUGGCGACGAUUCGCUUGCGAAGUUUGUCGGUUUCUGGUCAUGUCUGAUUCAGGCCGGCUUCUCCUACCAAGGUACGGAGCUGGUUGGUAUCGCCGCCGGUGAGACCGAGAACCCGCGCAAGACCGUCCCCGCGGCCAUCCGCAAGACCUUCUUCCGUAUUGUCUUCUUCUUUAUCCUGACCGUCUUCUUCAUCGGCAUCGUGGUGCCUUCCAACGACCCAACGCUGCUGUCGGGGAGCGGUGCGAGCGCUAGUAACGGUAAUUCCUCGCCCUUCGUGAUUGCAGCCCGCCGCGCGGGCGUGAACGCCCUGCCGGAUAUCAUCAACGCAGUCCUUCUCACCGUGGUGCUCUCGGCCGCCAACUCAAACGUCUACAGUGGCAGUCGUAUUAUCGUCGGUCUGGCGCAGGAAGGCUUCGCGCCGCGCUUCUUCAAGCGCACCACGAAGGGCGGUGUGCCGUACUACGCGGUCGGCUUUACCGCGCUGUUCGGCCUGCUCGGUUUCCUGAACGUGUCGAGCUCCGGCUCGACCGUGUUCACCUGGUUGCUCCAGAUCUCCGGCGUGGCCGGCUUCAUCACCUGGUCUUCGCUGAACGCGUGCCACCUGGCCUUCCAGCGGGCGCUCAAGGCGCGCAACAUCUCGCGCGACGUGCUGCCAUACAAGGCGAUCUGGCAGCCGUGGCUCUCGUGGUACGGGCUGUUUUUCAACUGCCUGAUUAUCCUCACGCAGGGCUUUACGGCGUUCAUCGGCGGCUUCAAUAAGAAGAAUUUCUUCAUCAACUACCUGAGCCUGAUCCUGUUCGUGGUGCUGUACGCCGGCCAUAAGAUCAUCUUCCGCCCCGCAUUUGUCAAGCCAAUCGAGGCCGACCUGGACACGGGCCGAACGUCGCCCGAGAGCGAUAAUUGGGAAACGACCGAGCCGACGACGUGGUACGGCAAGGCAUGGCGCUGGUUUACUGGUUGA